GCGAGGACGGCACCUCCCCGCUGCACUUAGCCGCCAAGGCCGGGGAGCUGGAGGUGGUAGUACUCCUGCUUGACGCAGGAGCUCCACUGGAGGCUGCAGAUUACACUGGUGCCACGGCGCUGCAUUGGGCCGCCGCCAAUGGAUGUGAAGAGGUUGCCAAAGUGCUGCUCGCCCGAGGCGCCGACACAUCCGCCUCCGACCACUCUGGGGCCAAGCCGCUUCAUGAUGCGGCGUGGGGUGGCCACAGUUCCGCCGCCCGGGCGCUGCUGAAAAUGCGCGCCGCCCCGGAUGUCCGA